AUGGCUGAGCUCGCGUCUGGCGCCGUGAGCUCGCUGCUGGGCCUCCUCCGAAACGAGGCGCUGCUGCUGAGCCGCGUCGGGAGCGACUCGGAGUUCAUCAAGGAGGAGAUGGAGAGUAUGCACAGCUUCCUGGAGCACCUGGCCAGGACAGCGCCUCCCGCUGGUGGCGGUGGGCACGACGAGCAGGUCCACACGUGGAUGAAGCAGGUCCGGGACCUGGCCCACGACUGCAGCAACUGCAUCGACCUCUACCUCCGGCGUGGUGAUCCGGCGGUCUACCGUGCCAGGGCCGGCCGCUGGCGCUAUCUCUGGUGGGCUUCCUGGUUGGUGCAGAGGAUGGUCGCCCAGCACAACGUGGCCAUCCGGCUGCGCGAGCUCAAGGAGCGGGCACGCGACGUCGGCAACCGGCGGCUGUGGUACGGCGUGGAGAUCCCACGGAAGGAGGAGGCGGCACCUUUGCCCUCGUCAUCGUCUCAAGCUGCUGGCAUAGAAUACAAGGAGGAUGAAGACUAUCAGAUUCAAGCCGCCAACGGUUCUGAUCCCCGUCAAAGAGCUCUAGAACCUCGCCUUGUCGAGGAGUACUGUGCCGAGAAGCUAGUCGAGAAGUUAGCCAACUGGCAGGAAUUGCAAGCCAAAACCAACAACCGUAUAUCCAUGGCAUCCAUUGCCAUUGUUGCGCCGGAUGAUACAAAGGGCGCCGGCACCGUCGCACAGGACUCUUUGAGGUUUGCCACCAAAAACUUUAAGCGCACGGUUUGGGUCAACCUCUCGGCACUGCACUUCCCAUGGGAUCUUCCACUGUUACCCAGCGAGAUCCUCUCCUACAUCCUGUAUGAGUGUGAGCAGCAGAAACAGCAUGAGGAUGAGCAGCAGAAACAGCAUGAGGAUGAGCAGCAGAAACAGCAUGAGGAUGAGCAGCAGAAAGUCACAGGCGGGCAAGGUGAGGUGAAGCCGAAGAUGCCUAUUCCUUGGGAAGGUUACAGUUACAAAGCAAGACUCCGGUACGAAAUACUGAAUAUGUUUAAUUAUGGAGAAAUCCGCAAGCAGAUUGAUGAGAUCAGGAACAAGGUUCGAGAAGUUGACAAGGGGGAGAUUGGAGGAGUGGAUAGAGGGAAGGUUGAAGAAAACAAGUGCUUAGGCAUAUUCCACCAUGCGCUGCGGCUCGUGCUGAACACGCUGGUUCGGCCACUAUCCUCAGAGGGGGCUAUAGAGGAAACUGCUUCAUUGCUGAAAGAUCAUAUGGAAACAGGCGAGUCCAACCCCAAGACCCAGAUUCAUCUCGAUAAUAGCCAAUAUGAAGAUAUCCUGCGCAAGGUGUUCCCGACAAACAAGCCCCUGCAGUCCCAGCAGAUCCAGGAAGCCACCACCAGUAGUGCUACUACACUAAGCGAGGCUCACAUCAAAGAAAUCAUCCACAACCACAAGAUUACUCUAGACAUCAUAUUGGGGCUGCUUCCCAAGCCACAGCUACUGGAAGGCACCUCUACCAAGGAACAAGCCAUUGAUGCUGCUGCUUCUGUCUCCAAGGAGAUAUCAGGGGAGGCAACAGGUGCUGCUGCUGCUGUUAUCAAAGAAACCAAGGAGAAAACGAAGGAGGUAUCAGAGGAGGUGACCAGUGCCAUUGCUUCUGCUGUCAUCGAAGAAACCAAGGAGAAAACGGAGACAUCAGGGGAGGUGAGCAGGGAUAUUGCUGCGGCCGUUGUCAAUCAAACCAAGGAGAAACUCAAGGAGCUAUCAGCGGAGGUGACCAGUGCUAUUGCUGCUGCUGUUAUCAAGGAAACCAAGGAGAAAAUGAAGGAGAUGGACAUUACCGGUGCUAUUGCUGCUGCUGUCAUCGAAGAAGCAAAAGAAAAGAUGAAGGGAAUAGUAUCAGGAGAGGUUGAGGCGACCAGUGAUGUUGCUGCUGCUAUCACUGAAACCAUCAAAGAAACCCUGGAAAAAAUGUCGCAGAUCCCGUGGAGGAUUUGGGGUCUGCUGUACACCAAAGGGAUAGUGGAUAAGAUUAAGCCACGUCUGAAAAAUAAGAAGACCCUGAUUAUCCUCCAAGAUGACAAAGACUAUGUGUCAGCUGAAUCCCGGUGGGAGGAGUCCAGAAAUGCUUUGAACCUAUUAGGCUGUGCACCUGGCAGUACAGUGAUUGUGUCCACAAAGAACAGCGAAAAGGCCAAAGAUUUUUGCUAUCCACCGGGAGAACCAAUAACAUGUUCUCUAGUUGGACUCUACCAUGACACUGUGCUCCAGCUUACAAAGCCACGGAUGAUUAAUGGAAAUGACGGAGACAUCCCGGGGAUUCUACGUGAAAUCUUGGCCAAGUGCCAUCCACAUGAGUUCUGCAUGAAGAUCUUUGUGUAUGCUCUUUACACUAACCCCAACAGGAGCUAUGAAGAACUGUGUAAGCUAAAUGAAGAUCUGGCUCCCGCCAAGACAUUGGGCAGUAAAGCUAAGAAUAUGAUCAAGUUCUCCUACAAAGAUCUGCCUAGAGAACACAAGACUUGCUUGUUGUACCUAGCCAUCUUUCCUCAAGGCCACAACAUCAAGAGAUCAACCUUAAUAGGACGAUGGGUUACGGAGGGGUUGAUAACUAAGCAGGACUGGGCCACUGCAGUGCAUCAUGCGGAGCAAUGUUUUGACACCCUGAUUAAAAAAGGGCUUAUAUUGCCUCAUGAUAUUGGUGCUGCAGGAAAGGUCAAGAGCUGCAUGGUAGGUGAUCAAGUCCAUGGGUUUAUCACCGAGGUCGCAGAAAAAGAACACAUUUUGGAUGCACGCCUUUCUGAUCUUUGGGCUCGCCACUUCUCCAUCUUUAGUGGUCUCCGACUCCGUGCCUCUGAUGGCAUCGAGAAGUUUGUAUACAAGCUCCCCAAAUAUUCACCACAACUGCCGCUCCUGAAGGUGUUAGAUCUGGAAGGCACUCAAUGCUUUGACAAAAAUCACUACCUCAGGGACAUUUGCAACAAGAUGUUACUUCUCAAGUAUCUGAGCCUAAGAGGAACAAAUGUUAGACAUCUUCCCAGUGAAAUAAACAACCUCCAUGAGCUAGAGGUAUUGGAUAUCCGGGAAACUAUGGUGCCUGAGCGUGCAACAAGGAAUAUCCUGCUCCUGAAGCUGAGGCGCUUCUUGGCUAGCCGUGUUGAUCCAAAUUCAAGACUCAAUGAUAAGUCGGCACGCUUUCCUGUCCAGAUUCCUUUCAAGAUUGAGAAAAUGGAAAAUUUGGAGAUAUUGUCAAAUGUCAGGGCUUCAGGGGAUGGCAGUGAGUUGAAAGAGAUAAGACAUCUAUGGCAACUAAGGAAGCUCAAUGUGGUUAUCGAAGACAGGAACAAUCACCUUGAGAAGUUGCUUCGAGCCAUCGGAGACCUAAAAGAUUGUCUCCAGUCCCUUUCAAUCACUAUAUCCUACAAUACCAGAACUAAGAGCACUCUCUCCAACAAAGAGAUGCGUGAUCUGUUAAGACAAAGUCCCAAGCAUCUUGAGAGCCUAAGCAUCAAUGGAGUCACACAAAGUGGGCAGCUCCUUGAACUGCUGGCCAAAGGUAGUGAUGAACUUGCCAAGGUAACUCUGACUGGUACCUUGCUGGAAGAGGGUGAUCUGGUGGUCCUUGCCGUGCUUCCCAAAUUACACUCCGUCAGACUCCGAUCCAAUGCAUACAAUGGGAGAGAGCUCACCUUCAAGAAGGAUGUAUUUCCACAACUCAAAUACUUUCUUGUUGAGGGCUCCAACAAGGCUGUGACUGACAUCAAGUUUGAAGAUGGAGCAGCUACUGAGCUUGAGAAGAUUGUUUUGUCCUCCACCAAUAUAAGGUUUCUUAGUGGGAUCGAGAACCUUCCAAAAUUGAAGGAGCUUGAGUUGGAAGGAAACCAGUCCCUACUUUCAUUUUCUCAAGACAAAGUAUCUCCUGACCAAAGCACCGAGAGUGGAUCCGCUGAGCAGAACACAAAGGGCGAAGCUACCUUGUGAGUAUGAUGUACAAAUCCUUGUGAUACUCACCUGAAGAAGGGAGAUGUACAAAUCCUUGGCAAGCAAGAAAACCUGCGCUGCCUAGAGCUCUCAAUCAAGUCUUAUGAUGAUGACGAAGGCCAUCUAGUCUUCAACAAAGAUGAGUUCCCAAAUCUUGACCUUCUUAUUGUUGAGUGUCCUACCAUCAGCAGCAUCAGCUUCACUGAGGGAUCUGCUCCUAAGAUUGAAAAGAUUGUUUGGUCCUUCAAGGAGAUGAAGUCUCUCCAUGGCAUUGACAACCUUCCGAGACUGAAGGAGAUUGAGUGCAGGGGUGACCAGGUGCCAUAUCAGGUGAGAAGAGAUACUGCAGCGCAUAAAGCCCGACCUGUUCUUACA